UCUAUGCAAAUGAUACAAAAGAAACCCUUGAAACAGAAACUGAUUUUCUUCGAACCAGGUUGGUCUUCUGAAUUUCUCAUUGGGGGGAAAGAAUUCAGAAUAUUCAUAAAAUCCCAAGUUUUUUCCACUCAAGUCAAGCCCAUACGUCUUCUUGCUUUCCCCCCUUCGAUCCCUGAUUCAACCCUUUCGAUAUCAUUUUUCUCUUUCUGUGUUGACAUCAACUUAUUGUUAUAAGGAAUUCUCUUGUGUAAAUUUUAGACAAAACGGUAUUUUGUUUGUUGAAAAUACGGAUAGACUAUAGAGAGCGUAUGUUCGAAUUAUUAUGCACGCGUUUAUAUAAUGUUCUCAUGCUGUGGAGAUGGUAAAGAGGACUGCACUCACGAUACAAACGCAAGUAAAGCUAAAACCGCGCAACCGAAAGGGCCAACUUAUGGAGGAGGAGGAGGAGGUAGUAAUAGAGGAGAACCAAGAAGCAAUGGAGCAGUUAGAAGCGGGGCCCCUCAAAAGGUCUUACCGAUUGAAGCACCAAAACUGUCAUUGGUUGAUUUAAAACAGAUGACUGGUAACUUCGGUUCACGUGCUUUGAUUGGAGAUGGUUCUUAUUGUCAAGUUUAUUAUGGAAAGUUAAGUGAUGGGCAAGAAGCAAUUAUCAAGAUGUUGGAUACCAGCUCUUCUUCCCCCGAGCCGGACACUGAUUUUACCAACCAGUUGUCAGUAGUUUCAAGACUUAAGAAUGAAUACUUCAUUGAGUUGCUUGGUUAUUGCUUAGAGGAAAACAACCGAAUCCUGGUAUACGAAUAUGCACCCAAGGGUUCUUUGCAUGAUGUAUUACACGAACACAUUUGUUUGGUGAGUAUAGGUAAAAAAGGUGUAGAAGGGGCUACUCCUGGCCCACUUCUCACUUGGGCCCAAAGAGCUAAAAUUGCUUAUGGUGCAGCAAGGGGCCUUGAGUAUUUACAUGAAAAGGUUCAACCAGCUAUUGUUCAUCGUGAUAUUCGGUCCAGCAAUAUCCUGCUGUUUGAUGAUUAUCAAUCGAAAAUAGCUGAUUACAACUUGAGCAAUCCUUCUGACACUGCUGCUCACUUGCAUUCAACUAGAGUUUUGGGAACUUUCGGCUACCACGCUCCAGAGUAUGCGAUGACAGGGCAGGUAAGUCAGAAGAGUGAUGUUUAUAGUUUAGGGGUUGUUCUUUUAGAACUCUUGACAGGAAGGAAACCAGUGGAUCAUACGUUACCAAAAGGAGAACAAAGUCUUGUUACUUGGGCAACCCCAAGAUUGAGUGAAGACAAAGUAAAGCAAUGUGUUGAUCCAAAGUUAAAUGACGAUUAUCCCCCGAAAGCAGUUGCUAAGUUGCUGCACUUUGUAUCCAAUAUGAGGCAGAUUUCCGACCAAAUAUGAUGAUUGUUGUGAAGGCUCUGAGGCCUCUUGUCAAUGCCAAACCAGCCCGCACCGAAUCUCAAGCUUAGCAUACCAACUAACGGGCCUGAACUCGAUUUAUGAAAGGCGUUGUAUUGGUAAACACAUGCUCCCAAAAAUGUUGGUGGAUGCAAGCGUCAGCCAGGACCGUGGCAUAUGAGCUGGUUGUCAGCUGGAGAGCCUAAAGAAUAUACGGUGUAUGUGAAGUGUAAUUAAGAUUUAGAAUAGGAAUAAGCAACGGAAACAAGUUACUCCAAUAUAACACACACCUCUUAACUUGAAAAAAAGAAAAUAUAUUAUGUGUAUUCAAUAUGUUAA